CGCAUGGAAACAUAGCUUCGUAAUUCCAUGCUUGUUUCUUUCUACUCGUUCGUGUCCAGCGAUUCUAACAAAAUGCAAAUCUUUUCCUGUAAUAUCUUCCUUCUUGGACUAAUAAACAUCGCUGUAUUGGUGCACAGCGGCGAAGGGAAUAGCAUACUGUCCAAACAAAACUCCGAGCUGUCUAUUGAACCAAUAGUAGGUCGAUUUGACCAUAGUGAAGGCCCCCAUUGGGACCACCGUACUCAGCAACUCUAUUUUGUUGAUAUCGAGGCGCAACAAAUUUGUAGAUUCAAUUUGGUAACAAAAAGUCUUUCUUGCAUCACUAUAGAAAAUGGUCCUGUUGGAUUUGCUAUGCCUGUUGAAGAAGAACCACAGAAAUUUGUAGCUGGUUCUGCUACUGAUUUCCUUCUGAUCACAUGGAAUGGUGAUAGCAAUUUCACGCAAUCUCUGCCUGAAACAUUAGCUAUUGUCGAUAAAGAUAGAAAGGGUACUAGAUGGAACGAUGGAAAAGCGGACUCCUCAGGAAGAUUUUGGGGCGGCACUAUUGGGCCAGAAGUUAACGAUGUUGUUACACCUGGACAAGCAUCUUUCUACAGGAUAGACUCAGACUUGAAACCAAAGAAGGAAAUACCCAAUGUUACAAACAGUAAUGGAUUAGCUUGGAAUGUUGAGGAUAACACACUUUACUAUAUUGAUACACCUACACUUCAAGUAGCAGCAUUCGAUUUUGAGCCCAUUCAGGGAACUAUAUCUAACAAAAGAAUCGUAUUUGAUCUUCAAAAGAAUAACAUUACUGGAUUACCUGAUGGUAUGACCAUAGACAGAGAUGGAAAUCUUUGGGUGGCUUUAUUUGGUGGGGGUGGAGUGAUUCAUGUGGAUCCUAAAACUAAUAAGGUACUUCGGUUUCUGAAGCUACCUGUAACACAGGUAACUAGUUGUACGUUUGGAGGUCCCCUUCUGGAAACAUUAUUCGUAACAACAUCCAGCCGUAAUUUAAAUGCACAGAAAUUGGUGGAAGAACCGUAUGCUGGUUAUGUGUUUGCUGUACAUGGUUUAGGUGUACGUGGCCUUGCAGCAAAUUCAUUUAAAUUGUAAUUUCUUCCUGGUGAAAUUGCAAAUGUAUUGUGUGUAUUAAAAAGAUUUUUCUACAUCGAUUACUAUCUAUGUUAACAUGUUCGUAAAUAUUAAAAAGAAUCCCAAAACUAAA